AUGACUAGAGGAUUCGCUACCAUCACGCCCGAGUGCGAGGCCACCUUUGACGCUGUCAAGGAGACUGACAAGCUCAACUACGCCAUCUACGAAGCUUCUGCACACGACAAGAAGAUCACCGUCGCUGAGUCUGGCAAAUACACAGACUACAACGAGUUGCUCGCCCAUUUCAAGGAUGAUACUCCUCGAUAUGCGGUGGUUGAGCUGCAGUAUGAGUUUCCGGGGGAUGAUAAGCCACGACACAAACUAGUCUUCAUCACAUGGGUUCCGGAGGGCACGAGCAUUCAUGACAAAGCCUACUACACCACAAACAAAGAUCAUCUUUACCGCGCGCUUUCGGAUAUUAGCCUUCAUAUUCAAGCAGCCACUCAGGCGGACCUGGCUCAUGCUAAGAUUCUGAGCCAGUUCAAGGCGCUUUAG